GGUAGCAAUGUGUCCUUUUUACAAAAUAUACAACCCAUUGAACAGUUGGGCCUUUUUUUAGUCUAACCCACAGAUUUCAACCUGAACCCUCUGCGUCUUCUUCUUCACCACUGACAUUGCUGAAUCGCAUUUCAAGGUUUAGAUGGCUGGUGUUUAACAUAGACAUGACCUAAACACAUGGGGACAAGAAACUUUGUAUGGAGUUUUACUAAAAAGUUCAUUACAUUUGGACUCAUUACUGUGACUGUGUCUGAUCGUUAUGUUACUGUUGUUCCUGUUCGAGGUGGCUCCAUGUCUCCUACUUUCAAUCCUAAAACUGAUUCUUUGAUAAAGGAUGAUUAUGUCUUGGUUGAGAAACUUUGCCUUCAGAAGUACAAGUUUUCACAUGGUGAUGUCGUGAUCUUUCGUUCCCCAUUGGAUUACAAAGAGACACACAUAAAGAGAAUAAUUGCAUUACCUGGUGAGUGGUUUGUUAAUCGUCAAAGCCAUGACGUACUAAAGAUUCCGGAAGGACACUGUUGGGUCGAGGGAGACAAUGUAGUUUCUAGCUCUGAUUCAAAAUCAUAUGGACCUAUUCCUCUGGGUCUAAUUCGAGGAAGGGUUACUCAUGUUGUGUGGCCACCUCAAAGAAUAGGAGCUGUCAAGAGUACUACACCAGAAAGAUUACCUUCUUUAUAGUUAGAUCCUAAAGCUAUUGUCUAUUAUCUUCAAAGAAUAGGCGUCAUGAAAAGAACCACACCAGAAGUAUCAACUUUUGAUCUCUAAUGUUGUUGUUCCCUUUGGUGGGAAAACCAUUAUUUACUCAAUUGGUCAUUGUGGAGAAAAUUACCAACCCAUUUAUUGAUUGGAUUAGUAUAAUAAACUUUGAACCUUUAAAUUUUAAUGACACGUUCUAAGCAAGGUAGUCUUUUUUUUUAUGACCUUCUAAACAAGAUAAUCUAGGGUGUUACAAAUUUGAUGAAUGAUAUCUUAACUGCUCUUUUUUAAGCAGAAAUUGUCCAGAUAAUAAUUCAAAGGGUGCCA